AUGUCGGUAAUGGAUGGGUAUGUAACAGGUGGAUGUGUAAUGGACAGGUUUGUAACAAGCGGGUAUGUAGAAUGCAAAUAUGUAACAGGUUCCCGGACAGGUCUCAAUAAUGAAGAGCUGCAAAAUGACUCUUGGAAUUACAAUUUCAGAAUAAUGAGCAAAGCCAACAGCAGAGUCAAGCCAAGCUCAGAAACCAACCAACCAUUCAAUUAUCUUUUAAAGGAUAACCUGCAGAAUGUUAAUGGCUACGCUGAGAAUCUUCGUCGGAGACUGGCUCCUCUCACAGAUGAGCUUUAUUUGAAGAUGACAGUCAACACUGAGAAUCUUCAGCGGAGGAUCAGGCAGGACCUGAGGACAAAGCAUUCUCCUUUUGCUGAUGUGGUUCACCAGCAGCUCAGCAGAAACCUUGAAGAAUUUCAUCAGAAACUGACACCUUACACUGAGGAACUCCGCCAGCAGCUGAAGAAUAAUGCUGAGGAACUCCGCGACACCAAAUCGCUUCAGGACAAGUUGAACGAUAACACAAAAACCCAGAGGGAUGUUCUGAUUCCACUGACUGAAGCUGUGCAUCAAAAGCUCAAUGAAAACAUUGCCAAGAUCAACCAGACUGGUAACGCUGGUAGGCUGAAAACAAAGCUUGAUCAGGGAAUUCAGGAGAUUCUGGCUAAGUUGCUUCCCGAUGUUGAACAUGGGUUUGUCAGUGUGAUCCAUCAGGCUGGUGAAAUUCCCCAGAAUUAUCCAAAUUCUAGUGAGUUCAAGUCAAAGAUCAGUGAGAAUGUGAAAUUCCUGGCCCCUUAUGCCACAGGAAAGACAGGAACUCUGUCUGACAACAGGGCUAACCAAAGUAUAACUCAAUACAUGAAAGAUCUCAAAAAGAGACUAUCUCCAUAUGCAGAAAGCCUUAAGCAGGAAAUUCAAUUCAAACUUACAAACCUGUCAGAUUACAUCCGUGAGAAAGUGAAGAAUAAUUGA